AUGGACCCCACAGCUCACAGCCAGCAGGAGGCAUCUACCGCUUCCAGCAUGGAGAAAGCAGAAGACCUUGCCUUCAAGUUAAAUGCUGCUGUGAGGAACCAAAAUAUAAAAGCUGUGCUGGAGCUUCUGAAGAAAGGGGCGGAUGUGAACUCCAAAGCAGAAAGUGGCUGGACACCACUGCAGAGCGCCGUGCAAGCUAACAAUGAAGACCUGGUCCAGCUUCUGAUGGACAAGGGUGCUUGUCCACAUGCCAGGAAGGACAAUGGAGGCACUGCAUUUAUUGAGGCAGCGGCAGUGGGAAACGUGAAUAUGCUGAAGCUCCUCCUUGAUUGUGGCGUAGACAUUAAUGACCAUGAUGAUAACGGCUUCACAGCUUUCAUGGAGGCUGCAUGGUAUGGGAAUGAGGAAGCCUUGAAAUUCCUGUAUAGCAAAGGAGCAAAUGUGAAUUUGAGGAGGGAAGUUAAUGAGGAGAAAGCGAAACUGCAUAAAGGAGGUGCAACAGCACUGAUGGAUGCUUGUAGGAAACGCCGCUUCUCGGUUGUAAAAAUUCUUGUCCAAGACAUGGGGGCUGAUGUGAACAUUCGUGACAACAAAGAUAGGAAUGCCUUGAUCCAUGCCCUCAAGAAGGAGCAUUCCAACAGGAAGGUUUCUGACAAGGAAAUAUACGAGUCAACAGUCUCCAUAGGCCAUUUCCUUCUGGACUGUGGUGUUGAUGUGAACAGCAAAGAUGAAUGUGGGAAAACUGCCCUCAUCCUAGCUGUUGAAAUGCAGAGCCUAGACUUGGUGAAAGCUUUAUUGGAGAAGGGUGAAAUAGAUAUUGAUGAUGCAGAUGAGGAGGGCAACACAGCUCUGAUGGUGGCUGUAGAGAAAAAUGAUGACAAUAUAGCAAAGUUGUUGUGUGAACAAGAAGCAAGGACUGAUGUGGGGAACCUCAUUGCUGUUGCAAAUAGGAACCGUGCUCAUAAAAUGGCACAUCUUCUUCGCCAAUAUAAUGCCACGUUUGUUCCAGACACUCUCGAAGACUGGGAGCCAAACAGCAAACGCUGGAGGGACCAGCUGAAAAAUCUUUAUAAAAUGUAUCGCCCUAUGAUUGGCAAACUGAAGACAUUUCAAUACAUCCAGCAGAAAAUUCGGAACACUUCUCAGGGUGGCAUCUACUUGGGGCUCUAUGGUGAGACAGAGGUAGCAGUAAGAAUAAGCCGCAGUACAGAGGGUGACAAAGAGAAAAGGUUCUUCGAACAAUGCGGUAACUCUACACAUCUACUGAAGCUCUUCCAGUUUGAGAAGGCAAGAGGCUACAUGUACUUGUGCUUCCCCCUCUGGGAGAAAAACCUUGAAGAACAUCUGCAGGAACCAAAAGACGAAAAUGAUUACAAAGAUGCUGUGAGGAUGAUCUUCCAGGCAGUAAAAGAGCUGCACUCCAUUGGAUUUGCUCACCGAGAUCUGCAUCCCAGAAACUUUUUGAUAGAUUUAGGCGGCAAAAUUUCCUUGGUGGAUUUUGACAAUAAAAGGCAGUUGAUUGAAGACAAUAAAGAACUUAUAAACUCAGAUUUAGAGGCCCUCAGCAGGCUUGUGCUGUAUGUUUUAACAGGGGGUGGAAAACCCCUUCAGCAAGUCAGUACCAAGGAUUUGUCUGCUGAUUCCCCAGAUUACAAGGAGGCUCUAGACCUUGUACGUUGCCUGGUCUCUCAUGAUGAACGAGGUUUGGAAGGUUUGAGCAAACAUCCCUAUUUUUGGAGCAAACAGGCCAGGUUCCAGUUCCUGAAGAGUAUAUGGAAUAAAAUCAAAGAUCUCCCCAAAGGAAACGCUGCCUCUCAAGCUCUUAAUGCUCCUAAAAGUUCUCCUUAUCCAAGUUGGACCACACAGAUUGACAAACUUGUUCUGGAUAUCAUGAAAAACCCCAGGAAAGGAAGACAAUUCUCAUAUAGCAACGAUGUCACCGACCUACUGAGGCUCAUGAGAAACCUGGAUGAACACCCAGAUAGCAGGAUCAGCAACACAAUAGGAAACUAUGCUGAGUAUUUCUUGAAGGUUUUCCCAGCACUUACCAUUCAUGUUUACAACAGUUUACACCAGAAUCGCAAAUACAGGCACCUUGCAGACAUUCAAGACCCUUCUCUGUAG